CCAAAAUACAGCAGGAAGAUGUCAGUUGGAGCUCAGCUGUAGUUUUUUUUAUGUAUAGCCGUUAAGAAACAGAAUCGGGCUUUUUUGGCAUAUUUUCUAUCGAGGUGUAACAGUAAACAUAGCAGUCUACCAUGGAGUCACCUCUCCUGCCUCCACACGUCUCCCCUGGUGCCUCAAGGAGCACCUGUCGUCCCGACAUCCUUUGCGUGUCUAAUAUGGAAGAACUGGUGGUGGAGGUCCGUGGCUCCAACGGGGCUUAUUACAAGGGCGUUGUCAAAGAUAUCCACGAUGACUCUCUCACCAUUGCCUUUGAGAACAAUUGGCAGCCAGAGCGCCAGGUUCCCUUCCAUGAUGUCAGGAUGCCACCGCACGCUGACUGCAAGAAGGAGAUUGGAGAGGGCGAGGAGGUGGAGAUCCUCUCCAGAGCCAAUGAUCAAGAGCCUUGUGGUUGGUGGCUGGCUAAAGUCUGCAUGAUGAAGGGAGAUUUUUACGUGAUAGAGUAUGCAGCCUGCGACGCCACCUACAAUGAGAUCGUGACCUUUGAGCGUCUGCGUCCGAUCAACGCUAACAAGGCCAUCACCAAGAACUCUUUUAUCAAGUGCACUGUCCCCGUUCCUCAGGAUCUACAAGAAGCGUGCCAGAAUGAUGGCGCCCAUAAGGAGUUUAAGAAAGCUGUGGGAGCCUGUCGCAUCACAUACUGCCCUGAGACCAGCGAACUAGUGAUUGUGUCUACCAAUGAGGCGACAGUGAAGCGUGUGUCCUUGCUGAGCGACAUGCACCUGCGCAGCAUCCGGACCAAGCUGCUGCUGAUGUCACGCAACCACGAGGCCACAAAACACCUGGAGACCUCCAGGCAGCUGGUGUCGUCCUUCCAGGAGGAGUUCAUGGUCAGAACGGAUCUGAUGGGCCUGGCCAUCGGCAGCCACGGCAGCAACAUCCAGCAGGCGCGCAAAGUUCCAGGAGUCUCUGCCAUCGACCUGGAUGAGGAGACUGGAACUUUCAGGAUUUAUGGAGAGACAGCGGAGGCUGUGAAGAAAGCCAGGAACUACCUGGAGUUUCUGGAGGACUUUGUCGAGGUGCCCAGGGCCCUUGUUGGCAAAGUGAUCGGUAAGAACGGGAAGGUCAUCCAGGAGAUUGUGGACAAGUCGGGUGUGGUGAGGGUUAGGAUAGAAGGAGACAAGGACAACAAGCAGCCCCGACAGGAAACACAGGGAAUGGUCCCAUUCACAUUUGUCGGAACUAAGGAGAGUAUCGGCAACGUUCAGGUCUUGCUGGAGUACCACAUCUCUUAUCUCAAUGAGGUGGAAGAGCUCCGUCUGGAGAGGAUGCAGAUUGAUGAACAGUUGCGUCAGGUCACCCAGGGUCACCGCCCAGGUGACAGAGAGAGGGGAGAGAGGGGGGAAAGAGGAGGAGGAGGAGGAGGAGGAGGAGGAGGAGGGUACAAUACAGAUGGCAGUGCCAACGCCUCCUCUUUGCAUGGCAGUCGCUCUUACAACGGUCAAGGGCGCGGGCGCAGAGGCCACGGCUACAGCACCGGAUAUGGCACCAACUCUGAGCAGUCCAACGCCUCUGAGACAGACUCAGAGCGCAGGGAUGAGCUCAGCGACUGGUCCCUGGCUGCAGACGAUCAGGACAGGGAGAGGGAGAGAGGCUCCCGGCCACAGAGAGACAGCCGCAGGAGGCCCGGACCCGGCAGAGGCCGAGGAGGGCCUGGAGGUCGGGGGAGAGGAGGAAGAGGAGGAUACAGCAACAGCUCUGCCGGGCCUCGCGACCAUGACGAUAACAGUGCCUACAGAGUUGCGGAGGCAAACACUGAGACAGACCAGACUGCUGAUACGGAUGCAAGCGAGUCCAACUUGCCUGCAAACCGACGCAGGAGAUCCCGAAGGCGCAGAACAGACGAGGAAACCACUCUGAUGGACGGCAUGAGCGAGUCUGACAACACCUCAAUGAGCGAAAAUGGAAUAGAUGACUCAGAAGUUAAACCUCAGCGUCGUAACCGUAGUCGACGUCGCCGCGCCCGCCUGCCUGAGGAGAGGCAGCCAGUGUCAGUGGCUGACUACAUAUCCCGGGCUGAUUCUCAGAGCAGAGAGAUGACAACCACCAAGGACACCAAUAAAAACCAUGAUGUGGGUCAGGUGGAUGCCAUUGCUGAGGACAGCCCGCCGUCGGCCCCGGCAACUACCAACGGCUCUAACAACAAUGCCGGAGACGGUGAGCGCAACAAGACUCCCGCCAAAGUCUCCUACCAAGGGGACUGCAACCCACAACCUGUCGCUAACGGGCUCUCCUAGUCAGACCUGGGCGAAGGAAAUGGUUUCAAAUAUUUGAAAUUCUUUGGCUGCACUCAAUUGAAUCUCCCUGUCUCUGGAGCAGCUUUGUAAGGAAAGCAUUUAAACACAAGCACUGUUCUCUUUUUUACAAGUAUUUGAAACCUGUUCCGCAGUUUAAGAGGUCUGAACUCCCCUUUACACGUGUUCUGUCCAACUAUUCAUUUUAAUCGUUUUUUUUUUUUAUUACAAUAGUUCUUCCUGUAUAAGCUUGCCAAAGAUAGUCAAACACACACGGACAUCUACUUAACUGUACUUCUCAGUCCACUCUUCACUGAAUGCAGUAUUUAUAAAAUGGUAAAAAAAAAACAAUAUCAUAGCAGGAUUUUAGAACGUGUCUGCCUUUACCAGGUGGACUCGCAACCUUUUUUCAGGAUGUUUUGUGCAUCUGAAGUAGUAAAUAAAAUAUUCUGCAUGAGCAGCACCACCGUACAGAUAGGUUUGUUCGGAAACCCAAGUAUGUCUGACAUACAUGUGAUCAUCUGUUGUGCCUUGAGAGUAGAUUCAACAUGUUGUUGCCUGGCUCUGCACAACAUCUGAAAUCUUUUCACUUAUUUCCGUGUUACUCCAUCGCCUCCUUGAGCUCCAUGGGUCCUUCUGGCACUGUAGGCAGGUGGAGGCCAACACUGAAAGAGCGUGAAAGGAUUUCGCAGGCAUAUCUCUAUAAAAUCAGGUGUGUCUAUUCUUAAUGUUUGUGGAGAAAAUGAGUCCAGUUAUCCUUUAUAUAUAUAUAUAUAUAUAUAAAUAUAUCUGUUGAGGAGUUUGACAUUAGCUGCUUUCUGUUUUUCAAUAUGCAACCACUUUGGUCAUAUAAGAAUUGUUAUAACUGCGUGUCUGGAAAAGAAACAAACAAUUGAGGAGUUGUUUUCUUCGCACUGAAACAUAACCUUUUUUUCUCUUUAAAAAGUUGAUUGUAGUUGAGUCUGGAAACUGUCCUGUUAAGUGCUGGACAGAAAUGUAGCCAUCAGUGUUGGGUUUCCUGGAAACAUCGAAUUAACAUCAGGCACUUUGAAUUUAGAGCAAGAGGGUUAAUGAGUGCUGUUUUCUGCCAUACAUCCAGCUAAAUGAAGAGAAUCAAAGCUCAUUUAGAGCGUCUUAGGGGUUAUUAUACCCUUUGUAUGCCCCUUAUUGCAAAAGUCCUGUGUUGACAACCCUGGUGUGAUGUUUCUAGAAAACAAAGCCCAGGUAACGAUGAUGUCAUUUUCAUGGUUCUUCCACAGACUGGCUAGCUGGAAACUGGUCACGACUGUUCCACUAAGAAAGGAGAUUUAUUUGGUUUAUUUAUUUUAAAAUGUACAGUAUUUAAAAAAAAUAAAAAAGCAAAAAAAAGAGAAGCUCUCCUUUUUCUUGACACUAAAAUAUGCGUUACCUAGGGUUUUUCUGAGACAAAUGACAAUUUGGACUACUGAGAGUUGUGACAUCCCAAGUGUUUUUGUUGGGUCAACUACAGUACGUUUUGUUUUUUUAAAGGAUCAUUCUGGUUGGUUGAUGUGCAAUAUGUUUUGUAUGCAGGUAGUUCUUAAAUAAACUCGAUCUUCCAUGUAGAUCUAAAACUCAA